CACCGGAAACGGUGUCAUCGGGCAAUACGUCACUCGCUCUAAGUUUUCCCGCGAUUCUGGUGUUGUCCUCGACUGGUUGUUGUGAGUCGUUUCGGGUUUUAUUUUUAUUUUUAUAUGAUUAGCCGUAAACAUCCAGAAUGACAGGCGUUUACGAGUCUCCGAAGCCCCGAAUCAACGCGUCGAUGCUGGCUCAGUACAUCGGUCGAGCGGUCUGCUUCGUUGGACGCUUAGAAAAGGUGCAUCCAUCAGGAAAGACUCUUAGUCUGUCAGAUGGAGAAGGAAAGUCUGCAUCAGUGGAGCUCAAUGAACCUCUGGAUGAAGAGCUGAGUGGGAUUGUGGAGGUUAUUGGGACGGUGUCGAACAAAGGGACCGUUAUGGCUGUUUCAUAUACUCCAUAUCGAGAGGACAAAACCUCUUUUGAUUUGGAGCUGUACAAUGAAGGCCUGAAAGUUCUCCAUGAUUUCCCCCAGUAUUACCCGUUUGAGGUGUCCUUAAGUGGUUAAACUGCACAUUUUAUUUGCCUUUUACAGUUUCUGUAUAAUUGGAUAUUUACUGUUUGUAAAAAAAUAAAAAGAAUGUAAACAUUUUGUUUUCGGUUCUUGAAAUAAAACCGUAAAACCCUUGGUUACAUUUUACAACAUAAUUUUGGAAUUAAUUUUUUUUUUUUUUAAUCAUAAAUCAAAUUGUGAUUUUGAGGCAAAAUUUAAGAAAUCAAAUAUUUUCUGUAAUUCAUAUAUAAAAGCUAGCAAACCAAUCUCUCAAUAGAACUAAUUCAAUCUCUCAACUAAAAUGGAUUUGCCUCCACUUAAUUUAAUUAUUACAAAGGUUGGUGUGUUCGAUCUUAUGGAUGAAGUACAGAAUGUAUUUGAUUUCUUAAAUGUAUAUUUCCAACUGAAGUGAACUUUACUGAUGUGUUUGUUUCUAAAUAAGGUUAACAUGCGGUUUAAAUUCACAUUGACUGUACGCUGAUACGAAAAGCAUGAGAUUAUAUUCAAUGUUGGUUCACAGAUGUUUAUUCUAACUGGAUUUAAUGGGGAACAAUCAAGUUUAAACGAUGUUAUGAUGUAGUUUUGUGUAGAGAAGUUUUCUAUAUCAUAUUACUGCAAAACAAGUUAUGCACAUUGCAGUUAUUGUAUUGACAGAAAUUGAUACAUUUUAUACUGUUUUAUUGAAAAAAGCAAGAUAUGAGGUUGGUCUACAGACAUAUUGCACAUUCUACGUUCAAAAAUUAUUUCCAGCUCGUUUUAUUCUAUGCUUGUCUGACAACAUUUCCUGAAAGCGCCACCAGUUUAAUUUAUUCUGGUGUUCUGUUUGCAUAUAUAUUUUACCACUAGAUGGCAAUAAAGAGUUAAACUAAACGGUC